AUGACAACAUUUUUAUACAUAAUUGGCGAAUCUUCUGAAGAUAUUUUACAUACAGCUUCAUUAGUUUCGAAUUUUCAAGAUGGCCACUUCCUGCCAAUCCUUGUUGUUUACGACUCAACAAGUUUUGAGGAAGUGAAGGUAAUGUACUUAUACGUUGGAACUGAAUCAACCAAAAUAAAAAUGUAUGCGGAAGAUAAAGUUUUGGGAUUACCAGGAAAAGUACGAAUAGGUGGUGCAUUUUAUCCUGGUUACAGCUGUUACCUAGGAAAGGUCACGUGUUUUCAGUUCUACGAUGCAAAGAUAUCGUCUGCAGAUUAUGAUAUAGCUGUUAGCAGAUGCAUGUCAACAUUGUGGCCGUCUUACAUAGGAGUCAAAACAGUUGAACAAUGUCAUUCAGAACGAGGCUAUUUUCGUCUUGCAUCGAAUGGGAAGAUGCCACAACUGAAGGUCAUUCCUGUAGCAAGCUUGUAUAUCUCUACAAAAGUCAAAUGUGCUCACUCGUGCACGUUACCUAGCAACGCAUGUAGCUCUUUUGCGUUUAAUAAAUUGCAGAACAUGUGUUACUUGUUCGACUUGGACUACACAGAUAGCCUUGUAACUGAAACAAUGGCAGAUUACUACGUCACAAAUGACGUCGGCUGUUGUUGCUGAAGUCAUUUUUACUUAAAUAUAUUAACAACUGACAUCCUCUUGGAGAAGGAUUGCAUGUGAAACUUUGGCGACAUCAAAGAAGUUUCAAAUAAGAAACUGGAAAACAGCUUCCGUACAUUAUUCCUUUAAUAAAAAUUUUACAGUAGACUUAAAAAAGUAGAAAAUGAACAAUUAGGAACGUCAUAUAAAAUUGCAGAUGGUUAUAGAUCUACAUAAAACAAAAAAUGUGCUGUUUUUUAACAUACUACAUGUAUAUACUUUGAUAUGAUAUAUUAACAUAAUGUCAUAAGCUGUUAAUCCAAGUAAAUCACUAUAGAAACCAUCCCUAACAGUCCCUGUCCAAAUAAAAGAUACACAAAAAAUCUGAUAAAAAGAAAACAAGUUGAAAUAUCUGCAGGAAAAUAUAAAA